CCGAGUACUUAACUAAAUUUUGCUGGGUUUCCGCAAACAAUCGAAAAAUCAAAAACCAUGGCGUCUACUGCUGCUGCUGUAGCUUCGUCAUCAUCAGUGACUGAAGAAGAACUAACCUUAACAGUAAAAUGGAGCGGUAAAGAAUACACAGUUAGGGUUUGUGGUGAUGAUAGUAUUGGUGAAUUAAAACGUAGAAUUUGUCAAGUCACUAAUGUUUUACCUAAACGUCAGAAACUACUUUACCCUAAACUUUCCGGUCCUAAGCUUUCUGAUGAUUCCAUUCUUCUUUCACAACUUCCUCUUAAAUCUUCUCUUAAGAUGACUAUGAUCGGGACUGUGGAAGAUGAUAUUAUCGUGGAUCAAGUGGAUGCUCCUGAGAUUGUUGAUGACUUUGAGCUAGGGCAAGAUGAAGUUGUCGACAUUAAGGAUAAAGAAGUCAACAAGCAGAAAUUGCAACGUCGCAUAAAUCAAUUUAAGAUUGAACUACUCAAUCCGUGCCGGGAAGGGAAGAAAUUGCUCGUCUUGGAUAUUGAUUAUACCUUAUUUGAUCAUCGAUCCACUGCUGAAAAUCCACUUGAGCUUAUGCGACCAUAUCUUCAUGAAUUUCUCUCAGCUGUUUAUGCGGAGUAUGAUAUCAUUAUUUGGUCUGCAACCAGCAUGAAAUGGGUUGAAUUGAAAAUGCAGCAGCUAGGAGUGCUCAGCAAUCCAAACUACAAAAUAACUGCCCUCCUCGACCACAUGGCAAUGAUCACAGUGCAGUCUGAUUCUCGAGGCAUCUUUGAUUGCAAACCACUUGGUCUUAUAUGGGGUCAAUUUCCAGAGUUCUAUAGCUCAAAAAACACCAUUAUGUUCGAUGACCUUCGAAGAAAUUUCGUGAUGAAUCCACAAAAUGGUCUGACAAUAAGACCCUUCAGAAAGGCUCAUGCAAACCGCGACACCGAUCAGGAGUUGGUAAAUCUUACCCAGUAUUUGCUUGCCAUAGCUGAUCUCAAAGACUUCAGUAAACUUGAUCACAAGCACUGGGAAUCAUACACAGAAGAAACAGCCAAGAGACGCAGGCACCACUGAUGAUAGAUAUCUGUUACAACCUGGAGGGGACAAAAGUUGUACCUUCACUGGUCCAUCUUAUUGGACUACAUGACAGUUCUAUGUGAACUGGGUAAAUCUCAGAAGCAAAUUCAGAAAACAUAUUGGCUUUUACAGGUUGACGCCUUCAUGUACUUUUGCAUACUCUAGAACCUACUAUAUCUGUUGAGAGAUAAACUAUCAUUAUAACUUUACACUGAUUUGAUUUGAUUUGAUUUGAUUUAAAAGACUGAAGUUCACUGAUCCUUUUCCUUA